AUGUGCUUCGAUAACCAGGAGGGCGAUGACGCGGAUGCGGAAUACUGGAGCGUUGCGCUGGACGUGAUUGGGAAGUCGCGGUACCCUGACGACCCUCUUUGGAAGUUCAACAACCCGGAGCAGCAGAUGCUGUGGAUGCGCGUCAAAGGAACACCUCUGAAAAGAGGAGACAAAGGAGGACCAGCCAAGGUCGCCGACCCGUUCGGUCAAUCCACCACGGAUGAUCAGAUUUACGAGUACCAAAUCGUCGACAUGCGCCUGGUAGCUCGAGCCUACACCUUUCCCCUCAAGAAGUCUUUGACGAUUUGGGGCACGAUAGGUCACUUCCUCGGCAGCGAUGUUUGGGAACUAGAGGGGAGUCGCUUCCUCUACCGCAAAGAAGAGUGGGGUUACUAUGGCAAGAAAGGAACUCUCCGCGACAUGUUCGGCGAGUUCGUUCACUGGGAAUGGUGGGGCCUGUUCUGGGUUAUCUUCAGCAGCGUCGUUGGCGGCCUAUUCGCCAUCUUUCUCUUAUGGAAGGUGUGUUGGUGGAUCGUUGCGCAGCGCGAGCUCAUGAAGUGGGACGGUAUGGAAGAUGUUUGGGAGAACAUGAGGAGGGAUAGGGUGGCUGAAGAAGAGGGCGCGCUGCUGAACGCCCACGGCGCGUAUCGCGAUGACCCGGACGAAGGCAGCUCAUCGAGACCACCGGCAUAUGAGGAUGCGUUGAAGCCGUUGCCGAGUAAACCGCUGCCGGAGAAACCUUUACCGGCGGUACCGUUGAUCGAUGCUUGA